AUGUUUAGAAGAGUACUGUUAACACCACGUCUGAGUUCAUACUCAUGUCGAAUUUUGAUGGCAAGAGGCUUAAAAACGACAUCGACUGAUCAAUCGACUGAAGCUGUUGCAUCAGUGAGUUCAGGUGCGUUCGUCCACUGUCACCACACGAGACGAUUUAAUUUUUAACGCUUUGAACGUUUUUGCAUCUAUGGCUGUCUAUGCGAGGACCAUGAUUAUCUUUUUGCGAUUUAAGUAACUUUGUGAACUGUUUAGUAUUUGAAAAUAUCCAUUGAGGAUCAUUCAUACUGCCAUGUAGAUCUACUGUAAUCCUUCUUUAUUAUGCAUUGUCAUACACUGACAUCUAUUGUUGUCUUUACUUUGUAAUUAAAUAUUUGAGAUCACGGUAUAUGGAGCACAACCCAGCCUUAUUUUAGCUAACUGCAUCUAUGGUUACAUGGUUACACUAACCAUUUUUACCUGUAGGUAAAAUUAAUGGCUCUUGCCUACAGAGAAGCCACUUUUUGCGUGUAACCUACUUGCCAAAUUUUAGAAUUCUCUUUUGGAAAUUUCCAUGGAUAUAUGAAAAUUCCCGGUAAAAGCAACUCUACCAGUCCUGAGAAAGUUAGAUGACAAAAUUGUGACCUCCCACUGAGCUGCUGUCCUUAAAAGCAGAAUAGUUUUCAAUGUGUGUGGUCUUGGUUCUCGGAGUUGGAAUCGUAAGUGGAGUCGUAAGAGCGCUUAUGACCUUGUGAAAAUAACAAGUCAGAGUCGUAAGCAGAGUCAUAAGCUCAACAGAAUUGGAGUCACAAGAAUCAGAACGUUUCCAUUUCUUCCAACUCUGCUUAUGACUCUGUCACUUUGUUCCGCUUAUGAUCUAGUGAAAACCAGAUUAUUGGAGUUGGAAGCGGAAGCAGAAGGAUAAACCAAUCACAAUACACGUUCCCACGCUUUAUGAUUGGUGUAGUUCUUCCACUUCUGCUUGUGACUCUUACGACCCAGUUUUCACUUGAUUGUAAACGAAGGAGUCGUAAGCGGAAUCAGAACACUGUUUCACUAGAUCGUAAAGUUGUAUGUUUGUGAUUACUACUGCGACUCUGACUCCGUCGCUAGUGAAAACCAUCCUCAAGAGAACAAUUUUAUGCAGACAGCUACUUAGUAAAAGUUCAUUCCUUUGGUUAAUACAUAGUUUAAGUAGUAAGAAACAAAGACAUGAUUAUUGCAUUAAAUUCUUCAAGUAUUUUUUUAACAACAGGAGUUGAAUUCUUAAAAUGAUCCUUUGACUAAAAAAACCAGUCAUUCCAGUUUUGAUGGGGCAAAUGAAAAUUUUUUGCCAAAGAAAAGCUGUUUUGGCAAAUAUGCUCACCACAUAAAUGUUUUCACUUAUCAAGAGCCAAUAAUGAUAAUGACAAGUUCAUUUAAGUCAAGAAGCUUCUAGCUUUAUGGCACAAGUGUCUUGCUAAACAGGGUGACAAUAUUAAGAGUUUACCAAAGUAAACAGUAUUUUCUGAGCACCCGCCGCUGUUGUUAUGCAACUUUCAUUCCCUUAUGCUGUCACAUGAUACAGAAACUAGUUUUCAACAUAAAAUAUGCAUUGUCAUGUACACAAGCAAAUUGGCAAAUAUUACAGUUGUAUUUGUCAUAUAAAGACACUCAUCUGUAUUCAUCUGUUGAACUCCAACACAAAAAAAUGUGCUAGCUUUGUAAAAUUUGGCAGAUAUUAUUUUCUUAAGUAAUAUUUAAUGUUUAGUUACUUGCAUGUGUAAAUAACGUUGAGCUACAGUGCAGUUUUAUAAAAUACAAGUACAUUGUAUAAAUCCUUAAAAUGAAGCUUUAAUUUUUGAUGUCAUUUUAUUACUAUAGAUGAUGACUCCUCAGAACUGAGACCUUUGUACCUGGAUGCCCAAGCAACUACUCCAAUGGUAUGAAAAUGUACUAUUAAUAUGGAUCAUAAUUAAUAUUGAUAGUGCAAGAUGUACAAGAAUUCAGUAUCAGCUAUGACUGAGAUUUUGAUAUAAAAAUCAUAAUUUGUUGAUAACUAAUAACAUACAUCUGUGACCUCUCAUGCAAAAAUGUACACCAAUGUCUUUCUGUUUUCAAAUAGCUUUCCCUUUACAAGCCAUUUGCCAGCCACUCGAAUGGCUUGAUCACCGGUUCAUUUGAACCGUCAGGCUGUUUGAACGACUUGCUGUCUUGUUUGUAAGAAACAUGAGCCUGUUUGUUUAUAUGACAGCAUCGUUUUUUUAGCCAUUUACGUUAACCUGUUUGAAAAUUUUCCUAAGCCGUUCAAUCAUUAGGGAAACCCAUUUGGAAAUUUUGAUGAGCCAUUUGAACAGGUAAGUAAACGGUUUGCCCAUUUCUGUUAGCCAUUUGAAAUACUUAAUAACCCAUUCAUUAGUUCAAUGAAGCCAUUCAAACGGGUGAGUAAGGCCCAACUUAUUUGGUAGCCGUGCAUUUCACCCAUUUAAUGGAAUUUCAUUAGGGUACGUUUUCGCCUGAGAGGUCACAUCUGUUAAUUUAUGACUGUACGCUGUACACUGUAGUUGACACAUGACCAAUAAUGUCGUGGCUUAAUUGACCAAUCAAAACAACCAGUAGAGUAUUACAAAAAAUCUCAUAUUAUUUCACAUAAGUGACAAUACACAACUCAUUUAAACUUUGUAGAUGUUUUCUGCACAGGUUUCCAGAAUUUCAGUUUCUGUUGUCAUCAUCCCAUUUAUGACACUACACUCACUUAGUGUGCAAUAAAGUUCAUUUUACUUCUGUCAGCUGGGCACUCCUCGGUUCAAAUCUUUUUCGAUAAAUGAAAUCAAAUAUUUUUCACAAGGGAUACUGACAUGUACAGUUGGCUCCUGAUAACUUGAACCUUCUAGGGAAAUCAAAAAGGUUCGAGAUAGCGAGAGUUCUUAGUUAUAAGGAGUUUCAAGCAAAAUACCGGAAACAAGAAAGUGGGUUGGUGAAUAAAUGCAAGUAACAUGUACUCUUCAAAACUUGAUAAAUACAUAGUGCUGGACACUGUAUUUAAACUGGACUGACAAAAAAGUAAGAUAAAGAAUACAUAGUUGUUAAAGUAGUUUCAAUGUUUCGGACUGCAGUAAACUUUUUUUGAGUCGUCAGGCACUUAAAGCAUGGUUCAAGUUAUCAAGGGUAAAUUUAUAUAGAAAUGAUGUGAAGGGAAACAAAAAGUAACAGUUAUUAUUACUUUGAGUUAGUGGGAGGUUCAAGUUGCUGAGGGUAAAAUUAUAGUAAACGUAUGAAGGAAAUCAAGGGGAAAUUGAUUUUGGUUCGAGUUAGCGUGAGGUUUGAGUUAGCGAGGGUUCGAGUUAUCAGAGUAGACUGUAGUAAAAUCAAGAGUCAAAGAUUCUUAUUUGACCAUUGUUUUUCUAUUAUAACAUACUGUCAAGUUAAUAGGUAGAAUAUUAAACUUUCAAUUAAAAAAUAACCCCCUUUUUAUCUAUGUGGUUAGGAUCCACGUGUCUUGGAUGCUAUGAUGCCAUAUUCAGUAUCUUAUUAUGGGAACCCACAUUCACGGACCCACGCUUAUGGCUGGGAAAGUGAACAAGCCGUUGAGCAUGCUAGAAAGGUACAUUGUAAUGAUAAAUAGUAUUGUUCUUCUUGCCCAGUUAAUUAAAAUUGGAUUCAAGCAAAUUGAAUGCAUGCAAGAAUCAUAUGUUUUACUUAUAAUGUUCCAUUAAAUGCAUUUAAAUCUGCAUAAUUACAUAAUGCAUAAUUAUUAUGUUACUGUUACAGCGUGCGGGAUGUUUUCUACCUCAUUUCAUUCACAGAAUGCCACAUGUUUUAAAAGUUUUGAAAAGUUUAGACCUAAAAGCUUAUUUCAAGCCUAAAAGUGGCUCUCUGCUCAUAGUUACUUGUUUCCACAAAAUAGACCUUUCCUGUAUUCGUUCCAGUGAACACACAGUGAAAUGAGCUCACAGCUUGGGUGGACAAUUUCAUACAAAUCACCAUUCACCCAAUGCCUUGAGUUGGUGCCAUUUUCACUGAAAUUCACAACAGGCUGUUAAUCUUGAUUUCACUUUGCCCGGCCUUCUGAUAGGGCGUGGUUAAAAAAGCAGAAAUUAUGUGGCAUUUUCAGGGCAGAUUGUGCGAUAAGAUAGGACUAUUGUGAGACAAAUAAAUUUAUUAUGUGAUUUUUCAGGACUGAUUAACAUUGUUUUACCAGAUUUCUAAGGAGAGAAAUCACUUUAAUGUUGUUUAACAGGCAAUUUCAAUGUAAAAGAAUAAUAAAACAUCUAUUUUUAAACAAAAAUAUAGUUAAAUUUGUGCCAUUAUCUUGACCUGGAAAAGAAAACAAAUAGAAAGAAAGAAAAAAGACGCUUGUUUAACAUUACAUGAUACUGUUACACCACUUUCAAGGCUUUCUGUAGUGGUAAAUCACUUUAAAUAACCUUAGGAUUGGGAAAAUGUAUAACCCGUUAAGUCCCAGUAGUGACCAAGAUCAAAUUUCUCCAAACAAUAUCCAUACACUGUCAAGAGGUAAGUUAUGAGAAUUCAUAAAAUGAUCACACAAGAGAAAAUGCCUUGAUCUAUUAUCAAAUUCUCUCAACUCAUUAUUAAAGAAAAUGUAUGGAGAUCAGUUUGGAGAAUUUGUAUGUGGAUACUGGGGCUUAAAGGGUUAAUGAAAGUUAAUUUACUUGAAUUAAGCAUUUUUUUACGAAUUGAUGAAUGCGAUUUUCCUCAAAUUGUGUGAUUGGAUGCGAUUUGAGGCCAAAUGAGCGAAAUCGCGCCAUCGCAUAAAAUCAGAAGCCCUGAUUUGCUCCCCAGUUAAAUUCAAUUAAAUGGUGUCCUAUCAAACAGAAGUUAUUGCAUUUUUAGGUGUUUGAUCUCUUUUGGACCCUAUGGCUCCAAAUUAUCUGUGAAUGGUACAAGAUGAUUAAUUAAUGCCAUUUUCUUUCACAAACCUUUUCAGCCACAGCCCUGUAAUGAUAUAGCGGGAGUGUUUAUUUUUUUGUUUAAAAUUUUUUUUUGAAAGUGAUCAUAAUUUCCCUUUUACAGCAAGUAGCAGAAUUGAUUGGUGCUGAUCCUAAAGAGGUUAUAUUUACCAGUGGUGCAACAGAGUCAAACAACAUUUCAGUCAAGGUACUUCUUACUCAAGCCCUAGGAUUUCAAUUGAAAACAAUUUUUCAGCUCUGUGCCCAGAUAUCAUGGGAAACCAACAGCAACAAUUUUUUGGUUCCAUGAAAAUUCAUGGGAACCCAUCCCCUAAAUGUUUUUAAUUUUUCAAAGUCAUAAUUAUAUUUUUUUCUUGGCACUGGAAGCCAUAAACCAGCAAUGUAUAAUGCUUUUUGGGAAUGAUUCAAGAUAAAACUGAUAGAUGCUAAACAUUUCAGUUUUGUAUGUGAGUCAUACAUGUAACUUAAGAAUUGCCCUACUAAUUAAGUAUCUGUGUGGAAAAUUAAAGAAUUUCUGAGAGUGGAUCCCUUAGGCAGAAAAUGGCACUGGGAAACUAUUUUUUUGGUUCCAUUAUUUUAAGACCACGGUAACAACACGGUCCUGGAAACUUUUGUUUUCGUGAAAUCCUAGGGCUUGUGACUAUGUCUUUUGUAAGCCUUAGAAUUGUUUCUUCAUAGCUCUUAAACUUGUCUCUUCUUAUUGAUUUUAGAAGAGUUAAAUACCUUAUGUCUGUAUAUUUUAUUAUGAUUGAGUGUAUUUCCUCCAUCUUGAAUUUGAGCCUUCAGGGUCAGCAGUUGCUUCCAAUCCCACAAGCAUCAAAAAUUAAAGUGGUGUCCUACAUGUUAAGGUCAAAAGACCAUGUCUUGCAUCAAAUAAAGAAAAUUAUUUUUGAGGCUGUGUUCACAAGAGAAAAAAGGAUGUUUUGUAGCCAGAAGGCCUCUGGACCUAGCUGUUUGAUUUCCCGCCUACUUGUGGUAUUUAAAUACCAAGCAACUUGAAGUCUUAGUGACAUCUCUGACAAUGAUGUAUUGUAAUUAAUAUAAAAAUAAAUGUGUUAUUACUUGACAAAAAAAUUAAUAGGAAGUACCUUCUGUGUUUACUAAUGCAGCUCACUGCUAUAAUGUGUAUAUUUUAUCAUUGCAGGGGGUGGCAAGAUUUUACAAACGAAACAAGAAACACGUUAUAACAACACAAACUGUAAGUGUAAAGGAUUGUAAAUUUUAGUCCUGACAUCAUUCAAGUCAUUUGACGUCAUUGAAGUUUCUGUGGUAUUACACAUGAUUUCGUGAAUGUUGUAUCUUUUAGGAGCAUAAGUGUGUGCUUGAUUCUUGUCGUGCCCUGGAAAGUGAAGGUUUUGAUGUGACCUACUUGCCUGUCAUGGAAAAUGGUCUUAUUAACCUGCAGGUGAGACAAAAUUAAUGCAUUUCUCUUUAUGUCAAGAUUCUUUCUCGCAACUUGAGAAACUGUGGUCUUUAGCUUAUUACAGUGUAUAUUGAACCGUCAUAAGUUAGAAGAAAUUAUAGACUGGAAAUGAAUAAAUACCGUAAAAUUCCGCAAAUAAGCCCCGGGGCUUAUAUAAUUCAAAGGCCCUUUUUGAGAGGCUUGUUUUUGGCUAUACAGUAGUCACACUUCAGGAUGGUAGUGUGACGAGAGAACUGGGUCAUAGAUGUUCGGUAGCUCCCGGCAGCCCACCAUCCUGGUUAAGAGAUAGUCAUAAUGUCUCAAUCUGGGAAAAUAAUAAUUUUCCCAGUGGGAGGAGAAAAUGUCUUUUGUUUCACUCUUUUUGAAUGCUUCGUUAAACAUUGGAAAGUACUAAUCCCAAACAAUAUAUACAUUUUUAUAAAACACAACUGAAACGGCAGAUUUAUUUAAAUUAGUUUCUUUGAACGUAAGGAGCAUAAGUUAUAAUUGGAAUAACGAUGUCAAAAUGCCCCUUGUUAAAUUAUCUGAUAUUAAUUGGUAAAUUGUAUUUAUGGGAUUGCAGAAAGAAACAGGUACUUCCAAACAUCAAAGGUUUCAAAUUUAAAGUAAGCAUUAAAUACCAAGUUGAAAAAUAUAUUUCCACUAAGAAUAAUAAAUUAGAAACCUUUUAUGAAAAAUGGCCAAAAGACAUUUCUCCCCUUUAAUUAAGUUCGUGAGUAUGUAAUUAAAAAUGUAAUCUUUUAUUAGACACUUUUUUUUUUGUAUUUUUGUAUUUUUGUAUAUUAUUUUUUUUUUUUUGUAUGUGUGGUUAUGUUUUUGUUUUUUUAUUUCAGAGCGUACUGUAAAUAUUAAGUGUUAAUCUCUCUUUUAUCUACAUAAUUAAGUAUUAAUUAAUUCUUUGUAAAAUAAGCCUCAUUCGGCAAUUGCGCGGCUGUUUUGUGGCUGUAAUGUAUAUAAUUGUGAAAUGUAGAUAAUUGUAAGUAUGUCUGUUAUUGCAGUUGUUUAGAACUUUGUAAUUAUCUUCUUUUUUAAGUAGUUCUUUGUAAUUAUAGUAAUAAAUGUCUUGAAUAAAAAAAAUUUAAAAAAAAAAAUAAUAAUAAUAAUAAUGUCUCAAUCUCUAUAACUUCCGUGAUUUUCCUUUUAAGAGUUUUGUCCCCUGCCAGUAUAAUCCUAGCCUGUGCCAAGCUCUCAGUCAUUACAGAUAAGCGAAAAAAGCAGGCAAGCAGCGAAAAAGCUAGUGAACAAAAAUGACAAGGGAAGAGAGAUGGGGAAGGCCUAUAAGCGUCUUUUUAAGUACCUCAGUCCACCCACUACCCUAACCACUUCCAGAAAAACUGUUCCUCAAGUCAAAAUGUCAAAGAUUCUUUAUUGUAAAUAGAGAAACUGUAUCUGGUUCAGGGGGGUUUUACACACUCACCACGUUUUUUUUUCUUUUUUCUUUUUUUUUUUUCACACUCACCAUGUUGGUUUGACUCAGCACGCGUGUACCCAAGUGAUUAACGUAAGCGUUGAUGAAAACUGUCUAAAAUUGACCAAUCACAGGGUAUACCAGGAGCUGGUUUACUGUAGUUGAGGUAUUAAAAACAAUGCUUGCAGGCUCCACUUCCCUGUCUCUCCCCAGUUCCCAAGCGGUUUUAUCACAACUUUCCUCGUGCUGCUUUCCCUACUAUCUUGGAGCCUGGAACUAGCCUGGGGCCAGGCUUCGCUAGUUCCAGGCUCCGCAUUGGCGGAAAAGGGAGAAAAAAUUGGCGUGCGCGAAAAAUAAAAUAUAGACAAGCGAAGCGAGCCGAACGGUAGUCUAAGGAGGGAAAAGGGUGGCAGAGCCUGGAGACAUCCCUUUGAUCCCGCCGAUCUGCCCUCCAGCAAAUAAACUGUCAUUGAGAUGUCAACAUGUCAAGUUCUCAUCACGGACGUCAGCGUGAGCCCGCCGCCCUUUUUCCCCUUCCCAGUCCACCGCUCGACUAGCUUCGCUCGCCAAUAUUUUUCCUAUUUCACCCACUGUUUUUCGCCCUUUAGUAUAAUCUUAAAGUAUCAGGCAUAAUAAAAUGACCUGAUGUCGAACAAUGUUCAUGAACUGUAGAUGGUGUUCGAGUUUGGUGCUCCUUCAAUCUGGUGCCCAGAGCUCUAGCUUUUUCUCCCAUGUAAUCAAGAUUGCAGUCUUAUUAUACAUUUAACAUAAUACAAGGCUGUGCUCUGAGAAAAGUUGAAGGGAGCCCAGUGCUCUGAACUUGUCAAAUCCAGGGUGCCUAGCAUAUGAUUUGUAUGAAAAAAGUAACAUUUUCUAGUCGCAGAAGUAAGGUUCCACAGGCCACUGGGCGCUGCUAGAGUACAGCCCUGUAAUAGAUCAUACUGCACCGCUGUAGAGUCAGGGUCUUAUCCCUGAUUUGUGAAAGCUGUUGUCUGAGGUAUUCAGUUAUGUUUUUGUCUCAAUACAGCAACUUGAAGAAGCAAUGAGGCCUGACACAUCACUCGUCUCUAUCAUGACAGUCAAUAAUGAGAUUGGUGUUAAACAACCUGUCAAAGAAAUUGGUAAGGUCUUAAUGGAGAAAACAAAUUUAAUGUCAUGUAUAAGAUUGACUUUUCCUGUGAAGGGCUACUCAACAAACUUGUACAAAGGAAGUCUUCACCCCGAGUUCCAACCCCUUGCCCUUUUAUAACUUGUUAUAAUCAAAGAUUAGGGAGUGAGGGCGACAACGAUCGAAGGUUAAAACGCCUUUGCUCCAACGCUGUACUUUGCGUAAGUUUCACGUGACAAAUGGUCAAAAUACGCGUGAUCAGAUUCUCAGGCGUAGACGGUCGAAACGCACGUGACCAAAUUGCGUUCUAUACAUUCCAUUCAUUCUUAGUUGAAGUUCAAACGAAUCCUGGCUACAUACAUGUGACGCAUGCGUAAUAACAACCUUGAGAUUAGGAUUGCGGCCUCCCCUUAUCGCCCCUUUUGUAUACCUUAUACUGACAAAUGGACGUACCUAGUAGUUAAGAACUUUGCAUCCUUUUAUAUGAUUUAAAUUGCUGUUAAUGCACUAUCUUUAAAGUAUGAAGAAAUCACAAAACCAGAUCUUUUUCCUGACUUUAUCACAGACAUACUAUUACAAUGCAUUUGUUGGUCCUUUUGAGCCUUUUUACCGACUGAAAUGACAGAUUUCCAUACCCUUUCAUAUACUUCAGCUAGUGAAAUCUCCUGCCUUUAAUAUACCAAAAGCCUGAAAAGUCGCCCCGGAGCUUCACUGUAUAGGCCAUCAUAGGAAGUACCCCUGGACACGUGUCCGCUUCCAGCUGGUGGCAAUUUUCAUGUGUGUUUGUGACUUGCUUUAUUAUCCGUGAGUAAAAGGAGGGACUACAGUACCACCUGUAUAGUUCAUUGGUAAGAGUUCUGACUGUUAACAUACCAUUAUCUAUUCUGCUUUCUAUGUCUUACAGGGGCCCUUUGCCGUAAGAAUAAAAUCUUCUUCCACACAGAUGCAGCACAAGCAGUUGGCAAGAUUCCUGUUGAUGUUAAUGAAUUGAAUAUUGACUUGAUGUCAAUCAGUGGACACAAGAUUUAUGGACCUAAAGGUACAUUUCAUUGUAACAGUACACAUAUCUCUACAUUUCACUUCUACAUUUCUAUUACAAUUACAGCCAUAAUCAAAUAUCCCCGUGAGUCAUUUUUAAUAACCAUGACAUGCAGGCUACAUCUCCAUUGGUCAUGGCACGGAAAGAGCCCGGCAAAUCAUCAAAUCUGCCUAGUUUGAGAGUACCUUAAAAUUUCGUUGGUACUUAAUUUCGCGAUUUUGGCAAGUAGUAUUUCACGGGGUUUUAUUUUCGCGAUUUCAAUAAGUAAAUAUGAAAAAGGGCAUUAAAUUUCUCGGUUCAAGCGUUCUCAACUUGAUUUUAUUUUUCAAUCUUCUGAACAUUUUAAAAUGUCGAGAUAAAAUGAAACAAGCAAAACGCAUACGUUAUUUCACAACAGAAGACACAGUCACGGAAUGGAACGCACCAGUAAAACCAGCUAAUAAGUAUUUUGUCGCUAUUUGUGGACAAAUAUACCCUGUACAGUGUAUGUUGUAGUUAUUGAAUGUUAUUCUUUUUUGUGUGUGAUUUGAGUUUUCUAUAUGGGUAAUAAAUUUCGCGGGGCUUUUUAUAGUCGUGGGUCUUUAAUUUCGCGAAAACACGAAAUUAGGAACCAAUAAGGUAAUAUCCUGAAAACUUAAAACGAUAAACAUCUGUAAAAUUUUGCGAGUUUGCAGAGCUACAUCUUUGCUGGUUUCUGACGUACAUGUAUCACUUUUAAACCUUGCAAGGUUACAAAAUGUAUUUAAGACACUCUUUUUGGCAGUAUCGACGAAUAUUUGCGAACUUGUCAUUUUUAAAAGUUCAAAGAAAUCCUGGAGGGUUCUGGUUACUUUUACACCGUAGACGUGGAUGUAUUGGACAAACAGUCAAGUCCAUAGAUAUGACACAAGAACAGCCACUAAUUAUCGAGUGCAUUCCUGUCGUACGAACAUCAAGAAAUUCACAAUUCUUUACCAAGGACCUAGAAUCUGGAACUGUCUUCCUGCAUCUGUUACAAACUUGUCAAGCUUUUCUGUCUUUAAGAACAAAGUGCUAGAGUUUUUAUUAAAAUAGUUACUAAAUUAGUUUAGCCGCACUUCUUCGCAGCCCUUAUUUCUUAUAAUAUUGCGAUGUCGAGGUGGCCUCUCUUUAUUAGCCUGGUGGUUUCUUGAGGUCUCCUCGCCUAACAACCUGCUGUAUCCUGUUAAAUUUGCUGUAAAAAAAAGGCUAAUAAAUGAUGAUGAUGAUGAUGAAGUGUUUUUGUAGACGCUUCUUUUGAGGAAACCUACAUGUACUAAUAUUACUCCUAAAUGACUGGUACAUAGGGGUCGGUGCUUUGUACAUCCGAAGAAAACCUCGUGUCAGAGUGGAGCCCAUUCAAAGUGGCGGAGGACAAGAGAGGUAUGUGCCAUUAGCCCCAUUUCCAUCAGCAAGACAAAUAUUAUAUCCUAGACAGGGUUAUUCCGUGAGAAGUAGAUGUGUACAGGUCGGAAAAGUUGACUAGUUUCUUACCUUGACAAGUUUUUCAGUGUACAUUGUGAAAGAUAUGUAAGGCUAUUCACAGGUAGCCCCACAGGUACCCCAGCCUCAGAAGUGAGAAUCGUUACGUAACAGAAAUAUUAUAAGGGUUUGUAUGGGGAUUUUAGCGUUUGUUAUUUAGGGCACAAAAAUAGCAAUAAACAUACAUUUUUCAUCCAACUGCUCCACCAGCUAAACAAGGUGCUCAGUCCUUAGCCGCUGAAAAUCUGUUUGUCUUUUGUAUUUUGGGAUUCAACAUGGAAGAACUUUCUCUGUUGUACAUGAAUCCUUCGAUGCUCAAACCAUUUUUUGAUUGUGGUCCUUUGGUUUCAUUUCAGGGGCAUGCGCAGUGGUACUGUGCCUCACGUGUUGGCGGUAGGACUUGGAGCUGCUUGUGAGGUUGCAAAGGAUGAAUUGGAGGUAAACUAGUAACGACAAAUUAUUGAUACCUUCAAUGCAGAGGAACACCAGUGUGUGUGCGUGGAUCAUCCAAAAUCAACCUAACAGAAAGGAGAAGCAAAACGUCAUGUUACCAUGGUGGCAAAAUUUCUGGAUCCCAACACUCCUUCUUGACAGAGACGGUCAUUUGCAUUGUUGAACGAUGGAAGAAAAGUAUGGGCUACCGUUUUGUUCUUGAGUGCAGUCAUACACAGGAAAGUCGUACAUGUUAAUUUUUUCGUUUUUUUCCUGCAAUAUUUGCAGUACCACGGUUUGUUGAGGUCCAGAAAUUUUGCUACCAUGGCAACGUGACGUAACGACUUCUUCUCUCUAUUGGCGUAUAAAAGACAGGGUGUAGUUGUGAGACUUCCUAGGAAAUACUGACCGGAAGCUGGUAUUUUUGACGUAAGAAAAUAUUUGGCCGCCAUUCUGUGUUCUUUUUUCACAAACUGGCCAUGGUGUUACACUAGUAAAGAUUGACUUAUAUUUCCAUUCAAGGCUGUGAUUAAAACCACUUUCAUCGCAUUUUGGCAACUCAAAAAUCAAACAUUUGUUUUAUUGUCCACAAUGUCAUGAACACAUUAAUAGCCAUGACUAAAACAUAGCCUGCAAACAAGAUGUCCCUGGCCUCGCACGGGAUUGUGUGUGGGGAGGAGGGGGGGGCGGGGGCUUUGGGGAGAGAGACUCUCUUCCUCCCCCCCCCCCCCCCCCCCCCCCCCCCCCCCCCCGCCCCCCCCCCGCCCCGCCCCCCGGGCCUCCCCCCCCCCCCCCACUCCGAAACAAUACUCUUUUCAAUUGUGCGUGUUUAUUUCCAACAUGUUUGGUUUUAGUCGACUAUUCUUACCACCAUCCCUACCACUCUCUUAUAACAAAUAUCCCUUUUGGGAACACAAAAAAUAAAAAAUCUUUUUUUUGUCCCCAAAUGUCAAGAAACAAAUAAAAGCCAAGACAAAACCAUGUCCUGCAAACAAGGUGCCCCCGGCCCCCCCCGGGGUUGUGUGUGGGGGGGGGGGGGGGGGGGGGGCUUUGGGGAGGGAGACUCUCUUCCCCCCCCCCCCCCCCGACCCUACCCCCGUCCCUCGAGUCCAACCCAGAGAUCGCCAAGAGUGCUUUCCCGCCGGCUAACUAUAAGACAAUUAUCUACUUACAUGUGUGAGCUAGUUAUCAACAGAUUUGGAGGUUCACGGAUACACUUUCAACCUGCAAUCUAACUUUAAAUUACAAAUAACACUAAAUGCAGUCAAACAUCCAUGUGCGAACACCUCUCGUAACCGACCCUCUGGCAUAAGUGUCCACCUUUAUUACACUUAUCGAAACCACCAACAUUUUCCUAGUCAAAUCCUCUCGUAAACGACCAUCUCUCGUUAGUGACAAAGGCGUGACCACUUUUGCGUGACCACUUUUUUGGACGACAGUUUUCGAAUUUUUCAUUGUUUUUUAUCCUCCUGUAAGUAGCCUCCCUCCCAGACGUUCUUUUGCCUUGUCACGCAACCCUCAGGAACGCGUGACGAACCCCUAAGAAUGUUCGCGUUAAAGGCUACUUGUAAGCGACUACUUUGAGCCUUUCAUUUUAAUCUCUAUGUUCGCUGUAUUUACUAGGCUACUCAGAUUAAGGCAAAGAACUUUAAGUGGCAACAUGAAACUACACAUGUCGUUCAUAAGAAAUUGCAUGCAACGAAUUCUCUUGUAAAAAGUAGAUGUGUUUGGACGUCUUCUCAGAAGAGAACCCCUCUGGUUCGAUUCUCGCAAGAAACCACCUCCCGUGAGCGACCACUAAAUCUUCGCAUUUUGGGUGGUUGCUUACGGGAGGUUUGACUGCUAAGCUUUUACUGUGGAAGUUUGUGAAAGAAAUCAAAGUGAAAAUUUGCUAUCAAUACGAGAUAAAACUCAAUCCUGUCCGGAGCCUACUAAGUGGUCACGUGAUUGUUGUCUGGUGGUAUUUAUUUACAAGAGACUAUUUGGUUUGUAUUUUUAACAGUAUGACCAUAAAAGGACCGUAGAACUGUCAACUCGUCUGGUGAAUGGCAUUACAUCCAGGUUAACUCACGUGGUCAGGAACGGUGACCCGGAUCACUCUUAUCCCGGAUGUGUGAACUUGUCCUUCGCGUUUGUGGAAGGCGAAAGUCUUUUGAUGGCGCUUAAGGAUGUAGCACUCUCGUCAGGCAGGUGGGUACACAGAUUGCCUUUCGUGUGAAACAACUCACCAUUUUGACAUAGACCAUAUCCAGGGAGAAGUCGAAGACAAUGGUUAUGCGAAAAAAUUUUUUUUCGGGGUGAGGGGUGGUAAAAAAGGUGCAUUACGGCCUAAGUGAAAAUGGUGAAUCUAACUUUUGAGUCUGUGCAUGAAAUCCCAUGGAGUUACCUUUUAAAGAAAACCUCUCCAACAGUACUUUCACUUGUUACUAUUUCUCUAGUAUGUAUUCUGAGUCUGUAGAUGAAAUCCUAUGGUGUGACCACAAAUGAAACCUGUUCAGCAGUACUUUCACAUGUUACUAUUUAUUUAGUAUGCAGUUCUAACUUCUGAGUCUGCAUGAAAGCUUACGGUCUAACCACUCAGAUGGUGCCAUUUCUUUUUUGUAACAUAUGAAAAAUGUUUAUUACUAGAGUUUCGGUUUGUUGACACUUAAGAGCGAAGACCAUUUAAAAUUACUCGCGUGGAAUGCCAAGUGCCCAAUGCCUACAGACACCGAACUUUUAAUAAAUGUUGUCGUUUUUGAUUGGCCAACGAACUAACAAAGUCAGACGUCUUUAUUGUGACCGUGACCUUUGAUUGGCUCAGUUAUUUACGUUUGGGCUGCCCCGCUUGAGUUCGUUGCACAGGAAAGUUAUUUGCCUCUGUUUUUUCCUUUGGCCUCUUUCAGAUUAAUAGUAUUUAUUGUAAUCUUUCUUUCCAGCGCAUGCACCUCAGCUUCACUGGAGCCUUCCUAUGUGCUGCGAGCGAUUGGAGCUGAUGACGAUCUCGCCCACUCUUCUAUCAGGUACUAAAACCAGCGCAGUAGUACUUAGGCCUUGUUAUUUUGUCUGUCCUGUUGAGGCCUGGGACGGGUCCUAGUGUUAGAGAGUCCAGUUCUAUUCCCUGUCGCUCCGCUCAGCCGAAUAGAAAAUAUUGCUGUGAUAAGUAUCAACAGACAGGACACCACAGUGAUACAUGGAGGGGGCCGCAGCAGUCAAGUCUAUCAGGGACCUUAAAAUCAGACGACGGCGACGGCAACGAGAACCUCAAAAAAGCAACAGGUUUAAUUAGCAAAACAAAAACUUUGCACGUGCAUCACGCUUCCUUGUGCAUUUUUUUGCCGUCACUGCACGACUACGACGUGAAAAUACCUACUUUCAUGCUUUAUAGAGGAUGUAAACAAGCAACGACGAAAUUUUCUUUCUCUGUCUUACUUUGGAUAAGGCUCUUAGCAAUUCAACUGCAGGAGGGUUCGCAUACAUUCGACAAAGUAAGUGAGUUGGAAUAAUCGCGAUGAAGAUUAAAAAACCGCGAACUUACUUUCUAAGCGACGUUUUACCUGCUGUCGCUGUCCUCGCAUCUUAAGGUCCCUAUUAUACGAAUAAGAGUUACAGCAAAAGUACCAAAAUAAGGGAUAUAUGCGGAAAAAGAGCUAACUCAAGAUAUGCCAGCAAAAGUUAACAAAGUAAAGUGAGUCAGAUCUCUAAGAGCCAAGCAAAAGCAUAAGUAGAAAUUAAACUUAGGUAAGAAAUAUAUAAACCUCACACAUAACAAAACGAAAAAAGCAGCCACGAGCGGCCAUGAUCGGCCUCAAGUGGUAUGAAAUUCACAAGGAGUGGCUAAUGAUCCCAAAAAGGCCUUUUUCCGCUAGCCAUUCACGUGGUACAAAACCGCCUUGCUGGAGAGCGAACGUCGCACCGGGACAAGGCAGACAAGAGACAUACAUGAUUUUAAAUGGUUAUUUCCUUUGUCUCGUCCCUGUGCGACUUUUGCUCUCCAACACGGCGGUUUUGUACCAGGUGAAUGGCUAGCUGCAAUGGGCCUAUUGGGAACAAUGGGAACUGUGCUAAAUAAUGUAAUCAACAACUAAAAGAAAUACGUUUGUAGACGAAAUUAAAAAAGAAACGUGUGAACGUGCAAUAAACGCAGGCUCACAUUGACCGCUAUAUAAGACAACUGAGACCCUUGAUCGUUUUUGCUCUUUGUCUUCUGAGUCGAUUAAUGUUUUCUUUUUUUCUUAUCUGUUAUGUGCUUUCUUUAUGAAACUGUUUAUUCGUGAUUGGUUCGUUAGUUUGGUUUUGACCGUAUUUUUGUAUAUAACAGCCCGUAAACUCCGUUUGAAAAAGAAAAAAACAUGAAAACAAACAAACAACAGCAAAAAACUAAAAUGGCCGUCAGUGUUCUUUUGCUUAUUUUCGUCGCUAGGCAGCAUUUUAAUGUUAAGUUCAUUGUUAAUGUUCAGUAAAUGAUUGUACAUGAGAUAUAAAUCGGCAACUCGCUCUGGACUUCAGUGAUUAUUAACAUGACAUAGAACUGCGAAAAAUCGCAACUAACGCGCUGCUGCGUGCAAACCUGGACAUAAGGCGCAAUUGUUGCAAAGAAAACGUUGGUUUUUGAUUUUAUCAUUAAAAAAAGGUGAAGGCGCACUCGAGCCAAAGGCCCAAAACGGUUUGAGCUUAUACCGGUUUUCGUAGCAUGAAGCAUGCCUAGGAAUAUUGCUACUCCCCGAUAGCCGGGAUGCUAGUUCAUCGCAGGGUUACCCCCAGCAGUAUGUCACCGGUACCCAUUUAUACACUUGGGUGAAGAUAGACAAGGUGGAGUAAAGUUCCUUGUCUAAGGAAACAACCCAACGGGCGAGGCUUGAACCCCGGACCUCCAGGGGAUCCAGAGAUCGAGGUGUUAACCGCUCGGUCACACACGAGAGAGACCUUUAAAUUUGAGAAGGGGAAAGACUACAAGGACGAGAUUUAACUUAAAGUUUUUUCGCGUAUUCUCAAAAAAUAGACACCCCGGAAUGCUUCAUUGUACUACUCUCCUCCAGAAAAGUUGGCACUAUUAUUUUUAUUGAAGGAGAUUAAGCCCCCUCUCGACCCUAAAAUGAUAAAACUUCCAACAUUUGAUAACUUGUUUCCGCUAUUACAACAUUCUCGCUAAUACUUGUUGUAGAAUGAUGACGGCUAUCACGUUUUCUCGCCACCUUCGAAUCCCAGGGCCGGUUAACGGAGUUUAACCAGUGUUUAACAAAACCGCGUUCUAAGUCAUUUUCAGUUUGCCGAACGCUUUUGUCUAAGCACCAAUUGUCGUGGACAGUUUCAUUAAAGCAUAUAGUGUACACUAGAAAAGCAUUUAUAUUCUUAAAAUAACACACCAAGGAGGAGAUCUGAAGGUCCAAAGAUUUCUUAAACCGCGGUUCAAGUGGGUUAGACCUCGUUUAAAUACCGAUCCUUAAGGUCUCUAAAACUGCUUGUAUACGCCCCCUGUUAUAUAUAUUCUGUUUUUGUACCCGCAAGGUUUGGCAUCGGGCGAUUCACCACUGAAGAAGAAAUCGAUUACACUGUGGACAAAACCAUCAAACAUGUGAAGCGACUUCGUGAAAUGAGGUUAGUGUCAAUGAUUACAAGUUCCAUUCGUCGUCCUACGAAUAGGUCUCUUAUCUUAGGCCCAUUUCAGACGCCUAACUUUUCUUGAGCCGAACCUAAUUGGAAUUAAGGUCGACCCAAAUUAUUUAGACCGGCUGAAUUGAUUCAGACGCCGAUCUUAAUUCAAGCCCAACUAAAUUCAAAGGACAAAAAUGCGCAUUUCGGUAACAGUUCUUGCAAAAUUCUUUAUAAAUAUGCAUUAGGUUCGGCAGAUGAAUAAAUCCAGCUAGCGGUCAGGGUGGGACUUGAACUCGGGGCUUUAGGAUUACAAGUCCACAUCUCUAACCACUCGGCCACGCUGCCUCCAAAGUCGCUUCAAAGUCGAAAUUUCCGACCGGGCUAGGUGUGGCUGAGCCGUUCGAAAUUGAAAUAGGCGUUCCUAACUGAUUCCGACGCCGACCUUUUCAUGUACUUAAUUCAAUGUAUUAGGUUCUGCUCAGGUUUAGUUUGGCGUCUGAACCGGGCCUUACCGUAAAUGAGUUAAUAGACGCCCUCUCUCAAAUAAACGCCUCUUGUCUAACUAGUAAUAGUUGACACUACAGGUGCCCCCGCUCUGUUUGUUGUCGGUCAUUAAGAAACAUUCCCCCUCGCCCCCACGCUUUUAAGUUUGUACUAGACGCCCCUUUCUAAUGAACACCUUGGGCCAAAUAUUUAAACGUAGUUUAGCCAGUGUUUAACUAAACCGCGUUCUAAGUCAUUUUCAAUUUGCCCAACGAUUUUAUCUAAACAUCAUUUAUUGUGAACAGUUUUGUGAAAUCAUAAUAGAGAAUACUAGAAAAGUAUUUAUCUUCUUUAAAACAACCCACCAAAGAAAAGAUCUGGAGGUUCAAAGAUUCAUUAAACCGCGGCUUAAGUUAGACUUCGUUUAAAGAUUUGGCUCCUUCUGUCUUUAGACUCCCCGCAUGCCAUUGCUCUAAAAUACUUAGCAGGAAAUAGCGAAAUAGAGCAAAAUCAUUCAUUUAUUCAGUUUCUUGCGAGUUUCUUGCUUCAUUAAUAAGAGUUACGCAUUACAUCUCUCGUUCCGCGAUGUCAAGUUCACACAAAGGAUUCUGAUAUCAGUGUGUGACAUCGAAGUAAAACUUUCAAACAAUAGAUAUGGAUCUCUAAACGGCUUCGACGUAUCAAUGUAUGGAUUGGAUAGCCUGACAUUUAUAAUCUGUGGUGAUUUAUUCGCCGAAAGCAUAUUGGUAUUAUGAAGUUUGUGACAGUUAUGAGAACAAAUCCCUCCUUUUUAUUAAAACCCGCACACGCUUGGGCUCCUAAAAAUAAAAUAGUCGCCCUGGCUUUUGCAGCUUACUCUCUACCAUCAUCACAUCUCAUGUUAUUUAUUACUUGCAGUCCUUUAUGGGAAAUGGUUCAAGAAGGAAUCGACUUGAAGACGAUUAAGUGGACACAACACUAA